AUGAUCCAUCUUGCCGUCGAGUUGACACCCGAGCAGCGCUCAUUUCUCCAGCUCAUACUUGUCGCCGCUUCUAAAGUAGAUGCUGUUGCUAAUGGCAACUUUGAAGAUGCUAACGAAAUCCUCAAGGAGAGUAUGUCCGCUCUUGGGAGCCACGCGCAAUCCGACCCGACUCUUUACAGCACAUGGCGGUUCCAAGUCAUGACGCUGAUCAACCUUAAAAAUGACAGGUUUAGUAAUAUGGAGGAAAACGCCGCCUUGUUUGAAAUUUAUCAAGCAAAAUUUCCCAAGACCUCUUUCAAGGAUUUUAGCGCACGAAUUCAAAGACUACCUCUGGCAUCAUACGAUAAAAGCAACCUUGGAAACUUGAAGCUCUCUAUUCCCUUUCUGGUGAAGUGUUGGCGGCCACAUUUGCAAUUGGACGUCAUCUAUAAUGCCUUGCGCUUUACAGAGAUACCCUCACGUCUUAAAAGGGCUGGCGAAGAAGAGGUUGACUACAAACAGUUCCAUGCCACAAUGUGGACACGAACUAUCUCUGAUUGCGUUCCCAAGAGUAGAGCAGAGUGGCACGUUAAACAAUCAGCCACCAUCAGCCUGAUUAUCAAGAUAUCCGACUGGACACCUGGCUCUCCCCAUAGUUUCGACGAUACAGAACUUCAUGUAGUAGCCAUCCUUUUGAUGGCGCUGUGUCUAGUUGAAGUAGCCUUCCCAAGUGGCACUAUGCCCCAGCAUAUGGAAGUGGAUAAAAUCUUGAGCGAUCUUGCCCUAAAACUUAUUAAGUUUAGUGAUCAGCUUGCUAAGCGUACCCGUUGCCCAGCUGCCAGGGACUUGAUCUUCCAUUGUGGACUCUCUCUGAGAGAAGUACCAGAAUUUAUCGACUGCAUCUAUAUCGACCCUCUCUACGCAGAAAACGACGAUGAGGGUCUUGGUGUUGGUAUAUACUAUAUUAUCAAACAGUGGUGCAAGGACUUGGAGUAA